GGGAAGUGAUAAGUGAUGAGCAUGGCAUUGACCCAGCCGGAGGCUAUGUCGGUGACUCAGCGCUGCAGCUGGAGAGGAUCAAUGUCUACUACAAUGAAUCAUCCUCCCAGAAGUUCGUGCCCAGAGCAGUCCUGGUGGACCUGGAGCCAGGAACCAUGGACAGUGUGAGGUCUGGUCCUUUUGGUCAGCUCUUUCGGCCUGAUAAUUUCAUCUUUGGACAAACUGGUGCAGGAAACAACUGGGCUAAAGGACACUAUACGGAAGGAGCAGAGCUGGUUGACUCGGUCCUUGACGUGGUGAGGAAGGAGUGUGAACACUGCGACUGCCUGCAGGGCUUUCAGCUCACGCACUCCCUGGGAGGAGGGACGGGCUCUGGCAUGGGCACCCUCCUCAUCAGCAAGAUCCGGGAGGAGUACCCGGACAGGAUCAUGAACACCUUCAGCGUCAUGCCCUCCCCCAAGGUGUCGGACACGGUGGUGGAGCCCUACAACGCCACGCUCUCCGUGCACCAGCUGGUGGAGAACACGGACGAGACCUACUGCAUCGACAACGAGGCGCUCUACGACAUCUGCUUCCGCACCCUCAAGCUCACCACCCCCACCUACGGGGAAUACCUGACGGUGGCUACCGUCUUCCGUGGCCCCAUGUCCAUGAAGGAGGUGGACGAGCAGAUGUUGGCCAUCCAGAACAAGAACAGCAGUUACUUCGUGGAGUGGAUCCCCAACAACGUCAAGGUGGCGGUGUGUGACAUACCUCCUCGUGGCCUCAAGAUGGCUUCCACCUUCAUCGGCAACAGUACUGCCAUUCAGGAGCUCUUCAAAAGGAUCUCGGAGCAGUUCUCGGCCAUGUUCAGGAGGAAGGCCUUCCUCCACUGGUUCACAGGGGAAGGCAUGGAUGAGAUGGAAUUCACAGAAGCAGAGAGCAACAUGAACGAUCUGGUUUCGGAGUACCAGCAGUACCAAGAAGCGACAGCAAACGAUGGAGAGGAGGCGUUUGAAGAUGACGAAGAAGAGCUCAAUGAAUAA